AUGAAGGAAUCUGAGACAAUUAAAGAGUACUCAGAUAGACUUAUCAAUCUGGCUAAUAAGGUAAAGCUACUUGGUGCCGAACUUUUUGAUACAAGGAUUAUGCAGAAAAUCCUUGUUACUUUACCUGAAAAGUUUGAAGCAACAAUUGCUUCACUGGAAAAUACAAAAGAUCUGUCAAACAUUACUUUGGUAGAACUUUUAAACUCUUUACAAGCACAAGAACAAAGAAGAUUGAUGAGGAAUGAGGGAACUGUUGAAGGAGCCUUGCAAGCAAGGCAACAAUUCAACUACGGAGGCAAAUGCAAGAAGCAAAAGGAGAAAAAGAGCUAUGCUACGUCAAUAGAAGUUGCUGCAACUGAUGGCAAUUCUAGCAACAACAACAACAAAGGUGGAAAGUAUCCAGCUUGCCAGCAUUGUGGGAAGAAAAAUCAUCCACACUAG